AUGUGUACAAUUGAACGUUGGGUUAUUAUGCGGUUGCUUGGUAACGGUGAGGGUGUGCUUAUUUGUGCACGCACGUCGUAUGCAGCAUGCACGACGUGA